ACUCUUAAAAAAGGAUUCAUGGUUGUUGUUUUUUUUGUUCUUGUUUUUGGUUCUUGUCAUACAAACAAAAACCUAGGAAUCCUAUUGUACUUUGAAUGAUAACGAAAAUAGAAUCAUUUUUCGCUUAUUCCAAGGAUAUGGAGACGAAUCUCACCACAGCAUCAAAAGUAGAUACUCUCUGAUUUUCUCUUCUUUGAAGUCUUUUGGUUUUUUUUUGAUUUUUUGGGUGGGUUGUGUUGUUGGCGUCAGUUUUGCCAUUGCUGUUGCCGUAAGAUUCGCACAGGAGGACACAUCCUAGUUUUAGAGAGUCAACAUUCCAGAUGCUCGGUGCUUUUUUACGGCUAACUUUAAGGGAUAAACCCUUGAUUUUCAUCAUCAGUUCAACUUGUAUACGGGCGUCAUACGGUCGUGGUUGUUUGCGAUAGUAUCAUUCGGAAAAUUUACCCAGAAAAAAAUAUUAGUAUUUUAUUGGUCUUGCAAAACUAAAGGGAAAAAAAGGAGCUAACGUCCUUUUUUUGGUUUUAUUCUUUUAUAGUUUUUUUAGUUUUAAAAUUCCGAAUGGCGGUUAGACGGUAUUCGAUGUGAUUUGAUGUGUGUGUCUUGAAUUUCUACUUGGAUGGAAAAUGAUAUAAAUCUCGGUUAAGAUUUACAGUGUGUGUCGUCGUUUUCGGGGGUGAAAUAACAAAAAUAUCCUCACGUCAUCAUCUUGUUGUGUGUAUCGGAAAAUAGAUGUUUGUGUCAAUUAUUGAAAAAUAUUUUGUUUUCCUUAAACAAAAUAUCAAAUAAUUCUGUGGGUUGCAAAAUUGGCAAUAAUUUAUCUCUAAUACUACUUCAAGUGAUUGUGUUUCAAAAUAAAUUAAAAUAUUAUAAGUUUUAAAAAAGGAUAACAGUGCAAUAAAAAAAGUAAUACAAAAUAUUUCCAUCAACAUCAUCGUCAUCAUUAUUUUUAUCUCCUUGAAAAUCGAUCUGCAAAGCAAACAUUUCUAGGAAUCAAGGAUAAACUGCAAAAAAUAAUCACUUCCGUUCUAAGAUAAUUCAAAAGAAAAAGGUUUUAUUUAUUUUAAUUUUUUCUUUUUAAAGAUUUUCUUUUCUUUUUUGAGAAAAAAACUAAAAGUUUUUUUUUCUAAAUAAUGCCGAGAUUCUUAUGAUGGAGACAUUCAUUGUCCUGGGACUAUGUUUUAUCCUAUAUGAAGCAUUGGAUUUUUUUCAAGGAUGCAUGCAUAGUACACAACCAGCAACAUCCGAUCGAAUCGAAUCAUAUCGUCGUCAAAUAACCGAAGAAAAAAUUCGAGCCCUUCAACCGACAAGUCCGCAAUCGAGUUUAUCUGCAUCGCCGAUUAUAGGCAGUGGCAGCGGAAGUGGUGGCAGUAGUAUUACUGUCGGUGCUAAUAACAUUGAUAAUCCUUUGAAAUCGCCAAAAUCAACACGUUACGCUCGAUUUCCUGAUACGUCAAUUAUUGAUCAACGCUACAACAUUAGCAACAACUAUCAACUCAAUCAUCAUCAGAGACAACUUCAGCAUCAAUCGCAUCACCUCCAGAAUCACUCGGUAUUGUCGUCUUCGGCUUCGCUGCCUCAGCAACAACAGCAACAAGGAUCCAUCCAUCCAGCUGUACUCCUUCCAUCAUCGAACAACACAACGAAUUUCUCCUCACUUCCUCGUGACUAUUAUUACUUGCAACAACAAAAGCAUAAAAAUACCGCCAAAUUCUUUACGAAAUUUUCCUCAUCACUCUCAGAUAAUCGAAUCUUUCCAGAAGGAGUCGGUAGUACCCUUGGAGCAAGUGUUGGUACAGCUCCAGCAGCAACUUUUGAUAUAGUUCCACCAACAGCAGCAGCCGCACCUUUAGUUUUGGACUUAAAGAGGGCAAUUUUUAGCGGAAAGAAGUCAUCAUCGCUCAAUGAGCCCCGAAGUGCGAGGCUAAAUUUCAGCGAAAGUAAUGAGGAAUAUUUGUCAUCAAGUGAUGACAACGACGACGACGACGCUGAUGAUGAUGACGCCGAUUACAGUUGUAGCAGUGAUAAUGACGAGCACGUGAAACGAAUUUAUAGUAUUUCGGAGAAAUUUUAAACUCCAUUCGCGCGUGUAAACCAAUUUUAUAAAAAAAUAAACUCAAGUAGCUCAAUACCAACGUUAAUAAUACUUACCUUCAUACAGAAUACAUAUAUAUAUAUUUUUGUAUGUUUUCAUUUUUACAUUGAAUGAAAAAAAAAACACGACGAAUGUCUUUACGGAGA